AUGGGUGACUCCUCGUACGCCGACUCUUCUUCCAUGCCCGAUUUUGAUGCGUUCCCAGAGCCCAAGCUGGACAACAUCGGCAUCGAUGUCGAUUCGAUUAGCUACACAAAUCCGAUGUAUGGACUCUCCGGACCCAAGGGCGCCGAAUACAUCUUCGCGGACGACAACCAGGCCCGAAAGAUGUCCUGGGCUGAUCGAUCAACUUGGCUCUGGGGUGGUGCCUGGCUCACCGGUGGAGUGAUCGGCACGACAUGGGGUGGAUUGAAGGGUCUGCGAGAUGCCGAGCGUGGUCUGCCGUGGAAGCUGCGAUUAAACGCCUGCCUCAACGGUGCCGGCCGAAAGGGUGGCCGCAUGGCCAACGGCCUCGGCGUGUUGGUGCUUCUCUACUCGGGCGUCGAGACGGCCACUGCGGCCGCGAGGCAGAAGCAAGAUGGUCUCAACAUCGUCGCUGGCACCACCAUGGCGCCUCUCAUCUACUGGAGUGGAGCCGGCCUCAUCAGGAGCAUGGCGUUCGGCGCGCUUGGUGGCGUUGUUGGGUUCGGGCUUGUCCUGGGUCACAAGUACAACGUGAUGGGCCUGCGAAAGAUCCUUCCCGCCGACGAGUAA